AUGGCCUACACGAUCCCCAACAAACCCAAGGGCCCACGUCCAAGUCUCGAUGAUUUUGAGAAACGGGCCAGCACCGGCAGCCUCUUUAUGAGAGGCAAGCCAACCAUUGUCCCGAUCCAUCCGGAAACCGGAAACCGAGUCGAAGUCAAUAAGAAGAGUGAUGCUCAGCGUGACAAGGAGCAGAAAGUUAUCUCGGAAUUGGGACCUACUUCACAACCUGGCAGCCGUAGACCAUCAAUCUACGCUCAACUCGAUGAACUGACUUCAGCUGAAAAUUCCACUGCCACCCCGCUUUAUCGUACAUUCACCGUGCCCAGAGCGUCAUUGGUGGCACAGACUUCGGUUGAACUACCAUCCAUCACCAUCCAGGUUAACACGCAAACCGAAGAGAAC